AUGUCUGGCAAACAUCUUGCCACAAUGACCGGCGCGUCGGAGGGAGUCAAGCGCUCAGCCAUCGGGAGUCUCCCCGUCGACCUGCUUUUGAUCAUCAUGGAUGAGCUCCUGGACAGUUACAAGGAAGACAUCGAGCUCGGUUAUUUUGCGCCCGAGAUCGCCGAAGGCCGACAAGACGAAUGCACAUUCGCCCGAUUCGACGUAUGGAAAGGCCUCGUCCGCCUAGCGUCCACAUGCAGAGCAUUAUACAACGCCAUAACCCCGGCCAUCUACCGCAAAGACGUGAAACUGAACCACGCCUCCGCGCUGCUCCUCUCGGUCAAAAAUGGCAACAUCUCGGCCGUCGUCAAGUCUCUGGACCAAGGCGCGAACGUGAACCAAAACGAUUACACCGAAGUCGUCAGAUACCAGGGGGAAUGCCCCCUGCACGACCACGAAUCCGCGCGUUGGAGGAUGAAGUACUGCGUGUGGACGGUCCGGGAGAUGGUCAGACUCAACAUCUCGCCGCUGGUCUGGGCCGUGUUCUACCGCGACACAGAAACGACGAAGCUCCUGCUGGAGCGCGGCGCGGACGUCAACGGGUUUCUUGACUUGCCACGCGACAAAAUGUAUCACCUGGGCGCGUUCAUGCCCUGCGGCGAUAGACGGUUUCUCUGUCCCUCCGUCCGCAGCCUCUUUCGUCAACUCGACUCGAAGCUUGGCGACGCACCUGGUGGCCUGGAGAUCCCUCCCAACAUAACACGAUGCCUCGACCCGUCUUUGCGGACCGGCGGCAACGCCCUCUACUGCGCUUUACUAAAUCGUUCCAGGGCCGACGGUCACUACUUUGACCGGGGAAAGAGGGAGCCCUGGGCGCCGAUCGCCAAACUCCUAGUCGAAGCUGGUGCCGAUCUGGUCACCUUGAAAUCCAUCGGUCUCCACGCCCUUCACCAGAUCUGCGGCAACCUCAACUUGGACAUGGCAGGGUACAUUUUGAAAAGGGGAGUCGAUCCGAACGUCAGGGACCACCUCGGCAACACGGCCCUGCACUACGUCGCGCUGAACUACCGACACGGCUAUCACGACCGCAGGGGCGAUUGUCCGUCGCUGCUCGUACGCUUACUUCAGGACUACGGCGCCGAUGUCAACGCGGUCAACAAGGGUGGCUACACGCCGCUCCAUUACUGCUUCAUGUUCGAGUUGCACGACAACUUUGAAGCCGCUCUCGCGCUGUGCAAAGCCGGGGCCCGAAUCCCUUCGGGCUUCGUUGGAAGGCUUUACAGGAUUCGCAUAGAGGUGAGCAGCUUUUACUUCCGUGACCUCAUCGAUCAGACUAUUGUGCUAGCAAACCAGGCAGAGGAGUUUACCGGAAGAACAGUCAUAGCCUCUCCAGACGGGGUAAACGAAGACCUAACGCGAGCACACCAUGUGUUGUUUUAUUGGCUGUGGCGCCGUAUUCUGGCCACAACAUACAUCGCAACAGGAGACGACGAGGAUGACGUGGAGACAUGGACUCCCUAUGACUGGGCGGUCUAUUGGCAUGCUCAACACCGCUUGGUUUACGGAACUUAG